AUGGAGGAAAUCGAGAACAUAAAAGAAUGGUCAGCCCACAUCACGGGGAAGGUCAAGGAAGCGACCAAAAUCAUAGAAACGGAUGAGCAGGUCGACAAGGUUGACGGCCGCUUCGCGCACUUAUUCGAAGCAAAGCAAUCUAUCCUAAACAGGUGGAAGAAGCAACGACUAAAUCGGCGCCUAAGGAAGAAGGUGGCGGAGCUGAAUCGCGUCAUCGAAGCCCAUUGUCGGCUGCUCUGCACGCAACAGUGGAACGAAAUCUUUAACGCUGCGGACGGGCAGAUGCAUUGCGGCAAAACCUGGAACUUGAUGCGGCAUCUGCUCGACGAGACUAAAACAAAAUCCCACCAACGCGACCGCCUCACAAAGAUCAUUCAGAGAGCAGUCAAGGAAAACGGGGAAACCGAAGUAAUCAGGCGCAUAGAGAGCAAGUACCUUCCGGUUACACCCACGGAAAGGCAUCCCGAGUACGGCAGUCAAGCCAACGAGAAGCUCGACCGCGACAUCAGCGUCGAGGAGGUGCGAGCGGCCCUGCUAGAACUAAACAGCAAGUCGGCGGCGGGCCCGGAUCAAAUGUCGAACAGAGCGCUCAAGAACCUCAGCGAUGUGGCCAUCGAAAACCUCACCGGCAAGCCGCCGAACACAGACAACCUCCGGCCCAUCUCGCUCACGUCCUGCGUGGGCAAGGUGUUGGAGCACGUCCUCAUGUGUAGGUGGCAGGAUUACCUGGAGGAGUCGGGACUAUACCCUAUCACGAUCAUAGGGUUUCGGCGUUCCAUCGGCACCCAAGACACGAUGAUUCUGUUGAAGAAAGAUAUCACUGACGAUGACACCCUAACGAAAGACAAGGCCAUUCUGGGGCUGGACCUGCAGAGCGCCUUCGACAAGGUGAAGCACUCUGCGAUCCUAGCCAAGGUGCCCAGACUCAACAUGGGCGCAAGAGCGUACAAUUACAUCAAGGACUUCCUGACGGAGCGGACUACCGAGCUCUGCGCCGGCGAUCUACGGCUCCAAGCGAAGAGGCUCGGCAGUGUCGGGACCCCCCAGGGCUCGGUCAUCUCGCCGUUGUUAUUCAACCUCGUUAUGAUCGGGUCAGAACUGCUGGUGUUAACACCGAAGUACGUCAGACGUAACAAGAGCGCAGCGAGGGAUUACGAGGCCAUCAAGAUCGUGACGAGGAACGGCCAAGUGAUCCCGGAGGUCGACAAAAUCCGGGUGCUCGGCAUGAUUAUAGACAAGCGACGGGGCAACGGCGAGACCAUUUUCCGCCUUACAGCCAAGAUUACCAACCCAAUAUGGCUCAUCAGACGGGUCGCCAACCGCAAGGCCGGGAUGAAGGAGGAAAGCUUGAUUCGGCUUGUGCACUCCUUCGUAAUCAGCCACGUCACCUACGUUGCAGCCUUCCACAACUGGAUGCAGUGUGAACAGAAUAAGAUCAACGCCCUGAUACGCCGACCUUACAAGGCGGCGCUCGGACUAUUCGAGUGUACGAACACCAACAAGCUCCUGAGCCUGGGGGUACACAAUACCCUCGAGGAAGUUGCGGAAGUGCAACGGACCGUCCAGCUGGAGCGGCUCUCUAUGACCGAAGCCGGCAGGCGCAUACUUUAA